AUGGGGCCUCUUGGCUGGCUUCCUGUGCUCACACAGUUGAUGCUGCUGCGGUUCCUGGUGGCCGGGUCCGUGAGCCCCAUCAGGGUCUUCGUGGUGCCCCACAGUCACAUGGACGUGGGCUGGAUCUACACGGUACAGGAAAGCCUGCGGGCCUACGCUGCCAACGUCUACACCUCCGUGGUGGAGGAGCUGAUGCUCCAGAAGCAUCGCCGCUUCAUCGCCGUGGAGCAGGAGUACUUCCGCCUGUGGUGGGACGGCAUCGCCUCGGACAGGCAGAAACGCCAGGUCCGCCAUCUCCUGGCCACAAGACGCCUGGAGUUUGUCAUCGGGGGCCAGGUCAUGCAUGACGAGGCCGUGACCCACUUUGAUGACCAGAUCCUACAGCUCACAGAAGGACACGGGUUCCUGUAUGAAACCUUUGGGAUCCGGCCGCGGUUCUCCUGGCAAGUCGACCCCUUUGGCGCCUCUGCCACGACCCCCACCCUGUUUGCCCUGGCAGGCUUCCACGCCCACGUCAUCUCCCGGAUCGACUAUGACCUGAAGGAAGCCAUGCAGAAAGCGCAGGGGCUGCAGUUCGUGUGGCGCGGGUCCCCAUCCCUGUCGGCUGAGCGGGAAAUCUUCACGCACAUCUUGGACCAGUACAGCUACUGUUCGUGAGCACCUUCCCUGGGCGGCCCUUCUAACCCUUCAUUCCCUUGCAGGGAAGGCUUUCUCUGGGAUGGCUCGGCCGUCUUCCCGGAGCCACCCCCAAAUAACCUAUUUCAACCCAUGGCUGAACCCAUCACUUGGAACAACAUGAAAUACUAUGUCCGUCUCCUCGUGGACAAUGUGAAGGAGCGGGCCGCCUGGUUCCGGACAUCACACCUCCUCUGGCCCUGGGGCUGUGACAAACAGUUCUUCAACGCUUCGCUGCAGUUCGAAAACAUGGACCAUCUGCUGGACUUCAUCAACAGUAGUACAUCCAAGCUCGGCAUCACUGUGGAGUACGCCACGCUGGCCGAAUACUUCGGUGCCUUGCACGCUGCCAAUGUCACCUGGCACGUCCGCGAUCACCAAGACUUCCUGCCCUAUUCCUCAGGUCCAUUUCAGGCCUGGACCGGCUUCUACACGUCCCGCAGCAGGCUCAAGAGGCUGGCAAGGCAAGCCAGCGCUCUGUUGUACGCCGGGGAGUCCAUGUUCACACGCUCCAUGUGGCCGGCCCCCCACCAGCACCUGGACCUGGACUGGGCCCUGAAACAGCUCCAGCAGCUCCGCUGGGCAGUCUCCGAGGUGCAGCACCACCAUGCCAUCACUGGGACUGAGACCCCCAAGGUGAGAGACAUGUACGUGAAGAAUCUGAGGUCAGGGAUGCAGGGUGUGCAUGAACUGAUGGCCUCCAUCACCCUGGGUGAACAGCCUGGGCAGGGGCAGGGGGCUGGAAAGUGUGUGAUGGGCCCCCAGGUGUGCUGGGUGAGUCCAAUGGCAGCAGGUAACGCCGGUUCUCUGUGUGCAGACCCAGGAGCUGGGGGACACGUUGCCGUGGUCUACAACCCCCUGGCCUGGACGGUCACCACACUUGUUACCCUGACUGUGGGCUUCUCCAGGGUCAACGUCACAGAUGAGUCCGGCCGGCCAGUGGCUGCACAGGUCCAGGAAUCAAAGGAGAAGCACCCAGCUUACAACUUGCAUGUGCUGACCACAAUCCCAGGCCUCAGUUAUCGACACUACAGCAUCACACGCACCCAGGGGACCCAAGAAGACACCAAGCAAUUGGGUACCAGUCUGGCUAGAACCUCCAACUUUGGCCGCAAGACAGAGACACAUGCUGGUCCACGGGGCAGGCACCUAAUUCGUGUGGAGAAUGACUGUUACACUUUGUUCCUUGACCGGGACACUAACUUGAUGCACAGCAUCUUGGAGAGAGAGAGUAACCGCACAGUGCGUGUGACCCAGGAGUUCAUGGAGUACCGUGUCAACGGUAAUUUGAGAUAUGGCCCUAUAUCUGACAACAUUGUGUUUAUCCCCACCGACACUGCGAAGCGCCCAUGGAAAAGCGUGCGGAUGCAGAUUGUGGCAGGAAAGCUCAUGACGGAGAUCCGGCAGUUCUUCUACAGGAAGGUGAGGGACAGGAAUCACACAUAUGCCAUCUACUCGCGGCUCGCCCACGUGCCAGUCGGCCAUGGUGGGGAGCUGCUCUGCCGUCGAAUCGAGCAGGAGUACCGGGUGGGCCCCUUGGAGCUGAACUGCGAGGCCAUCCUGAGGACCAGCACCAGUCUCCACAGCCGACAGGUCCUCUACUCGGACAGUAACGGCUACCAGAUGCAGCGGAGACUCUUCCGGGAACACACGAGCAACAGCAUCGCUCGGAAUUACUACCCCAUGGUUCAGUCCGCCUUCAUCGAGGACGGCCGAAGCAGGCUGGUGCUGCUGUCUGAGCAGGCACAUGGCGUCUCCAGCCAAGGGAACGGGCAGGUGGAGGUCAUGCUCCAUCGCCGGCUGUGGAACAACUUUGACUGGGCUCUGGAAUACGACCUCACACUGAACGACACCUCUGUUGUCCAGCCUGUGUUCUGGUUCCUGUUGGGACCCCGGCCGCUCACCACGGGCCUGCGCCGGAGGAGUGGGCUGGCGCUGCAGCACGCACCUGUAGUGGUGUUAAGAGAGCUGAAUGAGACUGCCCAGAAUCUCCCAGGCCCCCAGCAGCCAGAAGCCGUGACCCUGCCCCCAAGUCUUCACCUGCAGAUCCUGAGCAUCCCAGGCUGGAACUACAGCUCCAACCACACAGAGCACCUGCAGAACCUCCAGAAAGGCCAUCGAGGGAAGGCCAAGGCGGACCUCCGCCGUGUCCUGCUGAGGCUCCACCACCUGUAUGAGGUGGGGGAGGAUCCGGUCCUGUCUGAGCCAGUGAGUGUGAACCUGGAGGUCGUGCUGCAGGGGCUGGGGUCCGUGGUGGCGGUGGAGGAGCGCUCGCUCACAGGGACCUGGGACGUGAGCACGCUGCACCGCUGGAGCUGGAGGACACAGGAUCGUCCCCACCGCAGAGACAGCUCCAGCUCUCACUCGGCACCCCUGCAAGGCACCAAGGUCACCAUCUACCCAAAGGAAAUCCGGACAUUCUUCAUCCACUUUCGUAGCAGUGAGCCCUUGGCCGACCCUGUGACUUCAGAGAGACCCCAGGGACCCCAGGAAAAGGAACAGGACCCAGGACAUGGAAAAGCAGCAUGGAGGGAUGAGGGGAGACCAGCUGCCCACCCGAUAGGCUAAUGCAGAAAAUGGUCAGAUUGAGGGUUUUGUUGUUCUUUAAAUAAA